GGGCGCGGGGGGCGGUGCUCAGGCGCGGCGCGCGCGCGGCGGCGCCGGACAAGCUGGGGCGCACGCCGCUGCACCACGCGGCGGCGGUGCGCCGCUGCUGGCGGCCGCGCGACCCGACGCGGCGCUUCGCGUGGACCGCCGCGCCAAGGCGCCCGCGCGCACCGCGCCCUCGGUCUGCGACUGGCGCGGCAGCGCCGACAGCCUCGACGUGGUGGCGGCGACGGCCUCCGCCCCGAGUGCGGGAACGCACGCCGCUGCACCUCGCCGCCAAGGGCAACUUCCCGGAGGUGGUGUGCUGCCUCUGAGCGCCGGGCGCGAGCGUGGACGCCGAGGACGAGCGCGGGCUGUCGCCGCUGCUGCUGGCGGGCGCAGGGUUGUCCACCGCCGACUCGGGCUGGCGCCGGCCCAUGCUCGGGCCAGCUGCAGCGCUACGAGCGCGUGGUCGCUGCUGACGGCGCGGGCGCGGACGCGCGCGCCGCCACCCGGACACGGGCGCGUCGGCGCUGCACCACGCCGGCGCAGCUGCGCUCCACGGCGGGCGGCGGCGCUGCUCAAGGCCGGCGCGGAGGCGGGCGGCGCGCCGCGGGCGGGGGCGGGGCCACGCCGCUGCACGAGGCGGCCGGCGCCGGCGCGCUCGCCGUAGUGCGCUUACUGAUCGACAGCGCCGGCGACGCCAUCGUCAACAUGCCCGACCAGAUCUACGUGGACCUGGGCCCGCUGUGCCCGCACGGGCCCCUGGCGCAGAUGCAGGUGACGCGCGCCUUUAUGGAGGCCAUGCCGCCGCGCCCGCUGGGGCUGCUCUUCCAGCACCCGCUGCUGCAGCUGUUCGUGCACCUCAAGUGGCGCCGCCUGCUCGCGCUCUUCCUGCUCUUCACGGCCGUGCACGUGGCCUUCGUGCUCUCGCUCUCCUACUACGCCUACGAACUCGGCCCUCCGCUGAAGCUCAAGUGCGCCCCGGCGUGGUAUCCGCUCGUGGGGACAGCGUGCAUGGUGCUGCUGUACCUGGCCGGCCAGAUCAUCCUGCUGCCGCGCCACUACGUCAAGGAGGCUGAGAGCUGGCUGCACCUCAUCUGCGUGCUGCUCGCGCUCUCGGCCGCCGUGCUGCCCCUCUGCUCCUGGUACGACGACGUGCUCAAUAACAUCUACUGUGUCGACUUCGAAACCAAGGAGGUGAUGAACUAUUCCCUACGCGGCGACUGCUGCAAAAGAUCCUGCUUGUCGACGAAAAAUAUGAGUGUUGAACUGAAUUCAACAGACACUAUGAAGGAGGUGCCUUUAGAAAACAGACCAUUGCCUCUCGAGGCAGAGCUUCACCUGCUGUCCGUGGCUGUCCUUCUGGGAUGGGCGGAAGUGAUGUUUCUGCUAGGACGUUUUCCCACCAUUGGUUAUUAUGCUCUUAUGUUUCAGACAGUUUUGAAGAAUGUGUUGAAGGCUACAUACGACUGUAUUUCUGAUGCCAAAACAUUGCUGACCCUUACAGAUCAAAAACUGCAAAUCACAUAUCGCGCAUAUCACAACAAUGCAUUUUCAACAAAGCUAUAUCCAUUACAAGGGAACAUGAUUCUCCGUGCGAACGUCAAUCUAGAGAUAGUUACGUUAGCCAUUAUUAUCGAAUAUUCUUAUAGUACGUGUAAAAACCACUUAAUUUCUUCAUUCCACUUUUGUAAUCUAAGCAUAUCCUUUGAUUUUUUGGCCCAACAAUUGAAUGGAAAUUGUAGACUACCGUGUAAAGCAGGCUUCACUUUGUAUGCGAGUGUCAUUCUGUCGUUCAGCUGCCUCGUGGUGGGCUACGCGAUCAGCUACGAGGUGCAGUACAGCCGCGCGCCGGAGUUCUCCUCGCCCUGGAAGGCCAUCGUCCGCACCGCCGUCAUGAUGACCGGAGAAUUCCAGUACACGGACCUGUACAAGAACGACAGCCACACCGACACCGAUCCAAAGCAGCCCACGGGCAUGCGCCUCUUCGUCACCAGCCGCAUCAUCUUCCUCACCUUCAUCAUCCUGGCGCCCAUCGCGCUGCAGGAGGAGGGCCUGGUGCGCAUGACGCUGAAGCAGGCGGACUUCGUGGCGCACCUGGAGGCGCUGACGGGGCGGCUGCGGCGCGCGCGCGCGCUGCGCGGCUUCCAGCGCUGCCUGCUGAACCGCGCGGUGGCCACGUGCCUGACGCUGCAGCCGCUCUUCCCGUCGGCGGGCGCGCCGCGCAUCCCGGGCGCGCUGCUGGAGGCGCUGGCGGCGCUGGCGCUGCGCAACCGCGAGCGCGAGCGGCGCAGGCGGCGGCGCGCGCAGGCGCAGGCGGCCUUCAACGCGGCGUCGCCACCGCGCACUCGCCCGCCGGCGCAGCACGCACUCGGCGCAGCGCCCGCUCGGCGCCGCCGCCUACUGCCCCCCGCGCGCAGGCACGACAGGUACGCCCGCGUCAACGCAGUGGCACGCUUCCUCAGUGUCAUCUUGCUU